AAGGUUCCUACGGCCGGCCCCACGCAACCAGGCCCAGCCGCUCGUCCAGUCCUGCCUCCCGUUUUGUUAUGAAAAUUUCGUUCUAAUCACAACUCUGACACUGUAUUUUUAAUUCCUUUUUGGGCCCUUUUUUUGUAUAUUUUGUUUCUCUAUACCAUUUUUGCUCCUGCUUUCUACUUGGAAAUUCCCAAUUUUCGAAAAGUUUUCACAAUAUUUUCAAUUUACAGGUGUAAAGUCUUAAACUCACUUGUUCUAGAUACGCCUUUUUCUAGUUCAGAUAGAUUAGAUAGAUUAAUUUUGGCCUGAAAUCUGAAUUUUCCAUUUAAAAAAUCAAGCAGUUUAUUUGUUCGAGUUUUCAAUCAUGACUGUGAUGGGUUGUUUUGCUUUCCAAGACGAUAGAUUGCCUUUUAAGGAUUCUUUCCGACGCAUUAAUUGAUCGUCUGGGUUUCAUCAGAUUUCAUAUUCAUCGUCUUCAAAAAUUCAUGCGUUUUGUCUUGGAAUCACUUUGCUUAUGGAGUCCGAAUUGAACAACAAAUUAAAAUGAAUUCGUAUCUGGAUAUAAAUGUCUAUUAGAUUGAGGUAAGAACUUGUUUGUUUUUUAUUUUAUCAGAAUUUCUUACAAUUCGCCCUUUUGUCAGAUGAGGCAAAUUCUUUUACCUGUGAAUUGAUUGAUACGGAUGCUCAUGAAUGCCAAUUCCUUUGGAAUUAGAAUGAUUUGAGAUGGGCUGGGGGCUGAGAUUGUGGGAGGAAUGAUUUGAUUAUCGAAAACUUGUAUCUGAAUCUCAAAUGGACUUAUCAAAAUACAAGAAUUUGAGAUUCUUUGUGCCGAAUUUGAAUUCUCUGGCUUGUAAAUGUGUGGCCUUGACCGUCAUUGCCUUGGUUCUUAGAGCAGUUUUUCUGCCCAGAUUUUGUAGUUUCCGUGGGAUUGAACCAAACAACUCAUUUGCUUUCAACAAACCAUUUAGAAUAUAUUCCGAAUUUCAUAGUCGAAACUCAAAGUUUUUAGAGGUUCCGCAGAUUGUAUGGGGAUUGAACAAUCAGAAAAUUGCCUUGGCAAGAGCUUGUUUAACUGCAAGACUGUUGAAUCGAACUCUUCUGAUGCCUAGCUUGAGCGCUUCGCUGUUCUACAAAGAGAUCGAUAAGUUGGAACCAAUUUCAUUUCAUAAGGUCUUCCAGUUCGAGAAGUUCAAUUCUCUUUGUAAGGGGUUUGUCCAGUUAGCUAGACAUUCGGAGAUUUCAAAUCGAAGCAAUGUAUUCGAGCUUCAAAAGGGAACUGGGAGGAGGUGGACGAUCGAGAAAGACUUAGAUCAGUUGAGACAGCUUAGCAGCAAUCACUAUGAUGAUUACGAGGUUAUCCGAAUAACAGGAAAGAACCCAUUUUUAUGGCAUGAUCAUUGGCCUGUAGAGGACUAUUCAACGGUGUUUCAAUGCUUAGUUUUGGUGGAAGAUAUCUCUAGGCAAGCUGAUAAGGUUAUUUCUAAGAUUAGGCAGAUUGGAUUGCAAGAAAACCAUAAUAUUUCUACUGGUUAUGUAGCGGUUCACAUGAGAAUUGAGAAGGACUGGAUGAUUCACUGCAAGAAGAUGCAGCAGAGGUCGAACAUCAGUGAAAUUUGUAGCAGUAAGGAUGAGAUUAUGGAACGAGUGACAAACAUAGUCGGCCUGAAGAAGCCGGUAGCGAUUUACAUCGCUGUGGCAGAUAACCUUCUUGAAGAUAAGACGCUACUGUCCGGCUGGAAUGAGGGAUUGCUUCCUUUCACGAAGAAAAAAUUGGGUGUCGUUGAAUUAUACGAGAAGCAGCCAUAUCUCAUUCAAUCAGCCAUUGAUUAUGAAGUUUGUUUGAGAUCAAAUGUGUUUGUAGGGAACAGCUUUUCGACAUUCUCAAGCCUUGUAGUUCUUGAUAGAACCCAGAAAAUGAUCAACAUUGGUGUUGGAAAACUUUGUGGCAUUGAUGUGAUGUGGCCUUCUUAUGCCUACAAUUUACUAGGAAAAUCUAAAGGCCCUCGUCCCUGGGCGACGAAUAUGUCCGACUCGAGCCUGAAUGCAGUUAGUUAUGGUACUAAUCACAUCUCCUGUCUAUAAAUUGUCUGAAUCUGACGCAGCUUGAGAGAUUCACUUGUCCCUCGAAACGACCUGCCUUCAGUAUUGAAACCCAACAUGAGAUAGGCUACUCCUAUCUUUUCUUGACAAAGACAACUUGGGAGUGCAUUUAAUAAUCAAUCAAAUAAUGUAUGUGUCGGCUGACUACAAUACUGAUAACACAGUAUAGUUCUCUUGUCGUAUCAACAGUUAGAAGUUUUUAUUGGAUGGGAGAUCAAUUUCAUAA